AUGAAUCGGCAACAAGAGAACACCCUUAUUCUAAAUUAAAAAUUCCAAGUAUACUCUACACAGCUUCUUAACCUGACCACUAAGUACUCAAACUCAAAUGAACACCAAUAAAUAGAUAUUUCUGAUAUAGAAUCAAUCUUGAAAGACAUUAUUAAGUUGACUAAAAUAGAGAUUGAAAGUGCUAAUCCACUGAAGGAUUUCUUUAGUUAGCAAUUCUAUAAUGAAGUUAGUGGAUUUAUAAAGAGCAAUAAUAAGUAUCCAGUGAAGGGGCUGAUAGAUAUGAAUCAUGUUUUGAAUCUUUUUGUUAUAUUCAUGAACUCUAAGGCUUCCUUCUAUACUAUUGUAGACUUGGAUAAGAGCAUACCAAAAGUUAAUGCAGAUGAAGGUGAGAGUGAAUAUGACGAGGAAGAAUAUGAAGAAGAGUAUGAGGAGGAAUAUGAAGAUGAAGAAGAAGAAACCAAAAAUGAAUAGCAGCAAGUUCAAAAUUAAGUUGCUGUGCUGGAUAAUUAAGCAGAAAAAGUGGAAGCUUAAUAUUUGACUCACUAAAAAACACCAAAGUUAAAGGUAAGAGCGCCAAAGUUAAAAGGUGUGUAAAGAGAGUAAGAUGACUUGCUUGAUUUAAUAGAUGGAGGCGAUUUCUUCGGAAAACCAAAAGAUAAAAAGACAAAGAAGAAUAAUAAAACAAAUAAAGAAGGUAAAAAGAAAAAAGUCAAAGUUGAAAAAAGAUAAGAAGAGCAGAAAGUUGAAAACUUAUUCGAUGAACAAUAAGAAGUCAGAGAUUUAAGAGAGAGUCAAGUAAACUCUCAAUUGAUUAGAGAUAAUGAUCAUGAUUUAAUUGAUGCAUCUGCUUACGAUAAAAAGCCUAUUGAAAAAAUAAUUCAAAUUCCUAAAAUGCGGCCAGCAUUUAACAUCAUUACAAUGCAAUCAGAAUUCUCUUAGUAAGGUGUCAAAUAAGUAUAAAUUCCAAAGACUAAGGCAGUCUUAGAAUAUAUACGCCAUAAUUAUUAAGCUUAAACCAAUACAGAAUUUAAGAUGGAUAUGAUAUUACCUGCAAUUUCGCAUGCCUAUGGAUAAAUAAAGUAUUCAGCUAAAAUAACAUAGGAUUUUAAGAUGCCGAUAUAGAUACCAUAGGUAAAGUCUAUGUUUGAAAAGAUUACUUAUUCAAAUGAGAUCAAUUAAUCCUAGUAGGCAACAAUAAGUAUUCCAGUUCAAAAGCCAAUAAUAGAGAAAAUUACAAAAGCUAUACUAGUCAAACAAUCUUGGGUAAUGACUAUAAAUAAAUCAGCUAUGAAACCUGCUUAUGAACAAAUAGAGUAAUCAAUAUCAUAGAACGCCUAGUGGGAAAAAAUCUUCUAAAUAUAGAAAAAGGUCAAGCCAAUAUUUAAAAAGAUAUCCUUGGAUUGCAAAUAAUUCUCAAUAUGGGUAAAAACCUUUGAAGUCUAGUUGCCAAAGCCUGCAUUUGAAAUUAUUGAAAUGAGUACUUAACAUAAUUUAAGUUGGGAAAAGUAGACUGAAAUCAAAUUAGUGCCAGCACUUAAUGGUGUAAUGCAUCAUCAAUGUGAGAGAUAAUCUUUUUGGGAAAAGCAAAUAGAAAUUCCAGUCAUUACAAAGGGCUAUGGUUUGAUAGAUUAUAGGUGCUAAUUGUAGUAAGAGUGGGCAAAAGAAAUUAAGAUGCCGUUAAUCAAAGCUUAAUAUAGUAGACUUAAAUAUGAAGCAGAGAGUAAAACUAGAUAUUAGUUGCCAAUAAAUAUAUAAAGACCUGAGGCAUUUUAUGAUAAGAUUAUUAUGAGUAAAGAAAUUGAUCAUUUAUGGGAGUUUGAAUUAAUAAUACCUAAGAUACGAGCUUAUAAACGAAAAUUAAAUCUCUAUGCAGAACUUAAAAUCCCCUUAUAAAAAGUUCCAAUGCAUAUUAAAUUGAUCUAAAGUGUCUCUAGCAAGACAUUAGACUAAACUUAUUAAUGUGAAACAGCGGAGAUUUAUUUUUAGAAUAUCUCUGCAAAUUAUGAAACCAUUCAAUAUGAAUGUGAAGUAAAGCUUUUUGAUAAGUAGUCAAUAUCCUUAAUCAAUUAAUCUCGAAGCAAUAAAGGUUCUAAAUCAUAGUUCAAUUAAACGACAGAUAAUUAAACUUUCUUUGAAUAAACAAAUGAAAAUAUAGAUAAUAGGUAGCUUGUUUCUGCCGGGAAGCUAAUUAAUAAUACUAUUGAUAAUUAUGCUAAGACUAUAGAAUAAAUUGAAGAUUCUGAAAAUAAACUAACAAUGAACUUAUUGAUUGAGUAGAUGAAGUAGUAGAUUUAUGGAAAGUAAAAAAGAACAUAAAGUCUCAUUAAAACAAUACCUAAGGACUAAAUGCCUACAAAUUAGUAAUUAAUUGCUGAUAAAUAAAUUCAAGAUUUGGUAGGUGAUAAGUAAAGAGUUAUACUUCCUCAAUUCGAAAUGCAAUAAAAACUAAAUAAAAUAUUUCUUCAUUAUGGGAGAAAUAGAAAUAAUUCAAAGGUAGACUAUACCUUCGAUACCAUUCAUCAGGGUAAUAACACGAUAACAAUCAACAAACUUAUGAUUAUCUUUCAUGAUUUUGGCUUAAAGUUUAAUCCUGUCAAGGUAGCUGAGAUCUUUAAAAAGGUGGCACCAGACUCCUUACAUCUUGAAAAGGAGCAAUUCUUAGAGCUAUUAGUAAAAAUCUACUAAAACAAGCACCAAGCUGAAUUAGAGGCACUCAAACGAAAGAUUAAAACAAUAAACUUUAAGAUAAAAGAUGAUUAAGAGGAUAAAAUUUUAAAGAGUAAAAAACUCGAUUAUAAGGAGAGAAUAUACGAGUUGUAAGAUAUAGUAAAGGAUGAAUCUGAGCAAUUAGAUUUAAUUGCAACUGAUUUCUGCCUAAAAGAUGAUUAGUUCUAGACUAAGAUGCGAAAUCAUAUGUUUAGGAUAAAUUUCUAUGAAGCUAAUAUUCAGUAAAAUAAAGAUAAUAAUGCUGCUAAGAAUUUUGUUGGAGCUAAUAUUAAGAAUGUGAAUUAGCAUAAUGAAAGUAGUUUUAUGAAAAUAGCAUAAACUGAUAAUAUCAUUAGAAGUAACAGGUCUAGUCCUCGAGCAAUCAAACCAAAAAAUAUUUUAGAUCGAUUGAUUAUUGAGAAAUAACUUAAAGAAGAUGAAAUGUCUUUUAGAGAUUAACUCAGAGAUUAGUCUAGAAUGCGCAGGAAAUUUUUAACAUCAUAAAAGCUUGAACCAAUAGAACGUAAUAGAUCAAUAUCAGAGUCAAAAUAAAGAAAAUACUACAACUUGAAUAUUACUGAGGAUAACAGUGGUAUUAAAAGCUUAAUUGAUUAAUAAGCUGAUUAUUUUGAAACUACUCUUAACAAAAAUAUUGCUAAUCGUGAAAUGAAGUCUAUGAUUAUUAAAAAGAAAAUUCAGACAAAUCCUAAUAGUGCUGUUGUUUCCCCUCGAAGUUAAAAUUGGAUUGGCUAGAAAUAAGUAUAGAAAAUUAAAAUAAAUUCUAAGAUUGCUCAUUCAUGCUUUUGA